AAUCUACAAAGAUGAAGGGCUCAUAACUUUCAUUUUGGUGAUAUUAAAUCAAAUUAGAGUUGAGAUUUUUAUUGGAAGAAGGUGGUACCAUCUAGAGAAAAAAAAUAUUUAGAAGACAGAAGGCUUUUUUUUUUUUUUUGUCAUUAGCCCUUUUAACUGAGGGCCUUCCAUGUGGAAAUUCUGACGCAGUGAAUCAAUGAAAUGACUAAUAGUGCAGUGGAGGCUUGCAAUUACAAAUUGUUUUAAUUGAUUCCUGUACAAGUGACAUAUUCAUGGGCACGGAACUAUACAAUAUACUACUGCCUUGUGCUUGGUGUGUUUAUGUCCCCAUUUGAUGAAUUUCUGACUGUACUGUAUAGUUGCUAGCAACAGGUUGAUAUAAUUAAGGUAAAAGAGCCUGAAUGCAGAAUUACCAACAUGCCAGCAUUAGUAGCUUGAAAGACAAUGGAGGUCUACUAUCGUGACAAAACAACAGCUGUUAUUUUAUUUUUGAUGUGUGUUUAAGCAUGGAACAGCCAAGGUAGAAUUAUAUAUCCUGUUAAUGGCCAGGAAGAAAGCACUGAUUGCUGAUCACACUGAAUUCAGGUAGAGUUCAGAGAGGGUAAGCAACAGCUGGCUGACAGUUCGUUCUGAGUGCUAGAUUUGGAAACGUCUAAACAUGCCCUCAUUAAUAGCAUUCUAAUAUCUGAAUAGAUCUUAAAGUAGUUGAUACAGCCCAUGUUUCUUUUUUUGCACAUUUCAUAUUGGAUUUGUCAUGCUGAAUUCAGAAGUUUUGGAAAAUAAGGCUUGUUGUAUGGAAAAACCCAGUAGAAAUAUCUUCUGAUCUUGUCUCAUUUGCUUAUUAUUUUUUUUUUCAAUCAUAAAACCACAAACCUUGAACACAAUGCUCAGAAACGUUUGCUCGUUCUGUUUGAAAGUCUCCUUUUUGCUUAACAUAAUCUUGAUGUAAUACCUCUGAACCUCAACUUUUAAUCAACUGUGAUUAAAAGAUCAGGAUUGUCUGUGGGCAUCUAGUUCCUUCCUCAGUUUUCUUUCUUUCUGUGCAAGUUUCCAAAACGUCCUCUGAUAUAUUGAAGAAUAGAUGAAGAACAUGGGCACAUGCUGAUUCCUGAGCAACAAUUCCCUUCCAUUUUCACAAUGACCCUGAAGUGAGGAGAAGUCCAGGCCAUGUACAUAGGCAACGUUGUACUACUGCUUCUCUUGUUGAUGCUGAUGGUGGACAACUCAUUGACACAUGAUUCUGAGGAUGAUAACUGCACCACCAUUACUAUUGAAAGAGGUACAAAAUACUAUAGAAAUCUUGGUGACUCAGCCAUUCUAGAGUGCCCGGUGACCUACUGCAUCAAAAAGCCUAUAAUGAACUGGUAUAUGCUGAACAAGAGUGAAGAGAAGUUCCAUAUUUUGUAUCCUGAAAAAGAACGGUCCAUUUCAUGGAUAAGUGAAAAGACGUUUGCUUUGAAUUUUCAAUCAGUUCAUAAAAAUGACAGUGGGCAAUAUCGUUGUGAAGCAACAGUAAGAAAAAAUAAACUUGCAAGUCAUGUUGUAGAAUUAAUUGUUCAAGAUCACAGUAACUCAACAGUGUUUCCAAGUACUACAAAUACUACAGAAGAUCAGAAACUACUUGAAAAGAACAAGAUGUUGAUUAUGAUUUAUUCCAUAUCAUCUCUUGGCACUCUGUUCCUCAUUGUUGGCUGCUUUGGAUGGCUGUAUUUCACAAGGAGGCAUCAAGUAAAAAACGCCCAGAAAGUAAAAAACCCAGAAAGUGGAAAUAACAGGAACACUCAACACUGCAAUGAUAGCACGGCUCAUUUCUCAGAUGAGAAAGCCAUCUUCAAUGAAGAUUCCAUGCCUUGUUUGUUUCAAGUUCCCAAUGAGAAUCAAGACAAUUACCAGAAGGCAUCUAGAACCAGUCUAAGUUCCAUGAAGUUCAAAGAAGGGUUACCAGAAUAUAAAGAGGACUCAGUUAUUUAUGCAACAUUGAGCCAUGGAGAACUUUUUCAGGGAACCAAGACCCCUGAAGAAACUCAAUUGACAGAAUAUGCCAUCAUUAGACUGAAGAACUAAAAGUGGACAUCAUUCAUUGUUUUAUGUUCUCUAGUAUGGCUUAUCAAGCUUAUCCACAAACACCACUUAUACCGUUUCUAUUUGGAACAUUCUUGUGGGGAAAAAAAUAUUAUUUACUUGCCAGAUAAUGCAUAGUUAAAGUGAAUCACAUUUUUUAUGCAAUUGCUCUCUCUAUUUCCAUGUGGCUAUCUGAUGUAUCUCUGUAUAACCAGACAUUUGCUGACUCAGCAAUUGGGAUUCCUGUUGUCCUGUUUUGGGGUACCGUAUCUGGCAUGUUUGAGACCCUUCCCAUAGAAUUGUAUUGUAAGUUUUUUGCAGAGUAGGUCUCUAGGUCUUUCUCCAACCCUGUAACUAAUUUCUCAACAGUUGCCCUGGGACAGUAACUGCCAUGGUCCUUGUAAACCCGGGUGAUAACCAAUCCAUUAUGGGAUUCCUUUUCUGUUGUCUCCUCAUGAUUAAUGGGUUUGUGGAUACUCUUAGUCUGGCUUCUUAGUUGAGACCUAUAUAGUUUGAGUGACCGUUCUCAUAUACUCUCUGGUGGUAUACCUACAGCAUAGUUCUGAAUCUUAACAGAACACAUGACAAGGGAGUAUCCACAUGAAGGGGUUUCUAUGCUAUAACAAUAUAGCAAAAUGGUCAUAUAAUAGCUAUAGCACUUAGACUUAUAUACUGCUUCAUAGUGCUUUAAAGCCCUCUCUAAGUGGUUUACAGAGUCAGCAUAUUGCCCCCAACAAUCUGGGCCCUCAUUUUACUGAUCCCAAAAGGAUGGAAGAUUGAAUCACCUUGAGCCAGUCAGAAUCGAACUCCUGGCAGUGAGCAGUUAGUUAGCCUGCAAUACUACAUUCUACACCAACUUCUACACCUAUUUUUGUAAGGUGGCAGCAUUUGCUUAUUACAGAUUAUAUCAAGGUUUCUGGUAACUUCGAAGAUAUUUAUAAAAAUAUAAGUCACAAACUAAUUGCUAUUUUCAUGUAUAUAGCAAUUAAUUUGUGACUUACACUUUUAUUAAUAUCUUUGAAUUUACUAGAAACUUUGAUAUAAUCUAUAGGUUCUUCAUCCAUUCUUUGCUUCAUUAGGAAUAUGGCCCUUAAUAAAAAAAAAAUUACUCUCUCUGAUCAGAUCCAUGACAUUUUUGAUUUCAUGAGCAGUUUAUUACUGAGCUGUUUUUUCAGAAGAUAUAGAUGAAUGCUUUAUCUGUAUUCUAUAAAAAUUAGAAAUAGAUAUCGAUUGCUUAACAAAAAAUCAAUGAGUUGUCUAAGGAAUUAAAACUUCUAUUAAUUUUUACUGCAUUUUCAGUUCAUCGUGUAAUUAUUGGGGAAGCUCAACAACUACCUGGUGUUGCAGAAGCUAUUCUAAUGUGAUCUUCCAAAAAAUA